UCUUACUGGGUGUAUCACGCGAAAUAGAUGGCGGAUAAAAGAAAUUUAGUCUAGGAUUCUUAUGUAGCCGUACAGUCUUUUUUUUUUCACCACGUGGGAAAAAACAAUGUCGGCAGACCCGAAGCAUGGGAGUUAGUAGGCAUACUAAGUUCAUGCUCGGUCUUGUGUACUUGUCUUACUGCGUUUACGGGAAUUUUCUGGCUCUUUCUUCGGUGGUGGCAUUGGGAGCUAACAUUAUCUGUAACAAAAUUCCUGGACUGGCCCCAAAACAGCGAGCAAUCUGCCGCGGCAGGCCGGAUGCCAUUGUCGCAAUAGGGGAGGGGGCCAAACUUGGACAUACGGAGUGCCAAUUUCAAUUUCGGAAUUUACGUUGGAACUGUACAAAUGUGGGGUAUGGCGGAUCUAUGUUUGGAUACGAACAGUUAACAGGAAGCAGGGAAGCGGCUUUCAUGUAUGCUAUUAGCUCAGCUGGCGUGACAUACGCCAUUACCCAGUCGUGUAGCCUGGGAAACCUAACGAACUGCAGUUGUGAUAAAGACAAAAUGGACGGUAAACUGGCCCCAGAAGGCUGGAAGUGGGGCGGGUGUAGCGCCGAUAUUAAAUAUGGCUUAAAAUUAGCCAGGAAAUUCAUGGAUGCCAGGGAAAUAGCAGAAAACGCAAGGUCCUUGAUGAACCUACAUAAUAACAGAGCUGGAAGAAAGGCUGUGAAAGAUAACAUGGGCACCGACUGCAAGUGUCACGGGGUGUCUGGAUCCUGUACAACGAAAACCUGCUGGACAACACUGCCGCCGUUCAGAAAGAUCGGAGACGCGCUCAAAAGACGCUACAGAAAGUCCAAACUCGUUGUGCCUUACUUGGGACGAAGGGCGAGAACUCCAAUCUCACUAAUCCUCAAACGAUCGAAGCGCCCUCACCGGAAGCCGCGGAGAAGCCAUCUUGUGUUUCUGGAGAAGUCUCCGAACUACUGUGAUUAUGAUCAAAAGACCGGGUCCAUGGGCACGGCGGGUCGGUCAUGUAACCGGACGUCCCUGGCGCCGGACGGAUGUGACCUGAUGUGCUGCGGCCGGGGUUACAACACGCACCAGUACACCAAGACGUGGCAGUGUAACUGUAAAUUCCACUGGUGCUGCUACGUCAAUUGCAACAGGUGCAGUGAACGGACCGAGGAGUACACAUGUAAAUAAAAUUUAAAAAUGACGUACGGAUGUGUAAACGGACCGUGUUUUACGAUUUUCGAGAUGUUCGGAUGUUACAUGGGUACCAGAGGUAGUGCACAUACUAUAUAGUACGUUUUGGCUGAUAGGAAAGUAAAUUAAGUUACGGAUGUGUAAUGGGACGUGUUACGAUUCUCGUGAUGUUCGGAUGUCACAUGCACAUGCUAUACAGUACGUUUUUGGCUGAUAGGAAAGUAAAUAAAAGUUACGGAUGUGUAAAGGGACGUGUUACGAUUCUCGUGAUGUUCGGAUGUUACAUGGGUACCAGGCAGUGCACAUACGUUGGCUGUUAGGAAAGUGGGGUAAAUGCAUUUAAAGAGGAUUUCACGGAUGCAGUAAACGGACCGAAGACUUAUACGUGUAGAUGAUACUUUGUUUUUCAAAUAAGGAGAAUGUGUAACGCAUGUUACGGUUUCAAGAUGUUCGAAUAUUACAUGGAUAUGACCACACACGUACCUUUUCUGUUACGAACGUGAGACAAAAUGCUUUUAAAGACGCAAACAACAGACCAAGAAGUACAGACGUUAAACAAAUAAUACAGCAUGAAAAUGUGUCAUGUGUAACGGAUGUUCCGAUUUCUAAAGAUGUUCGGAUAUCACGUGGGUACGAGUACACAUAAGACUGCUGUUACACUGUUAGGAAAGUGAGGUAAACGUAUUUAAUGAGUUAACGGAAGCAGAGAAGGAAGCAAGGAUACAUGGAGAAAAAACAAACACUUAAAAAUCAUAUGUUACAUGUAACGUAUUUUUAAUAUGUUCCGAUCUUACAUGGGUGGGAACAGACAUACACUUUUUGUUAGGAAAGUGAGGUAGACGUAUUUAAGUGGCUGGCAGAUGCAGUGAAUUGACCCAAAGGUACACAUGCAAAUUAUAAUGAUUUCAGAAAAAGAAAAUUAUCUGUAACGUACAUUACUCGUUAUACUGUGUUAUUGGCAUUUCAAAUACUGCUAAAUACACAUUGGUAUCAGCGCACAUAUGUUGCCCAAUUGACAACUAGGGUAAAUGUUUUCAAACACAAAUAUCAACAAAUGUAUGAUAGCGCACAUUACAUUAAAAACUAA